AUGGAGCGCAAACCAGAUGGGCCGAUCGAGUCAAUCGACGAGCCUGGCAUCAAAGCCGAAGGUCCUCUGGUACACACAUUGCGCAGAGAGGUCGCCGAUUUGCUGGGCAGGCAACAGACCAGCUUCCCCGGUGCCCAGCCCGUUAGUUUCGCCAGACAGCAUCUGGAAGAAAUGACCAAGCAAGAUUACUACGUCUGCGAAAAAUCCGACGGCAUUCGCUAUCUCCUCUACCUGACCGAAGACGAGAAUCAAGGGGAAGCGCACUACUUGAUUGACCGCAAAAACGAUUACUGGUACAUCACCAACAAGAGCUUACACUUCCCCCGCGAGAACGACGUCAGCGCCUUCCACACGGCAACAGUGGUCGAUGGCGAAUUGGUCUGGGACAGUCUGCCCAGUGGAGAGAAGGAGGCCAGAUUCCUUGUCUUCGACUGCUUAGUGAUGGAUGGUUACAAGCUCAUGGAUCGGUCUCUAGACAAGCGGCUGGCUUACUUCAAGGAGCGACUUUAUACGCCCUAUAAGAAACUGUUCAAAGACUUUCCCGACGAAAAACAGUAUCAACCGUUUAUUGUCGAGAUGAAGCCUUUCCAACUCGGCUACGGCAUCGAGAUGAUGUUCAAACAGAUACUUCCUAGUCUGAAGCAUGGCAACGACGGCCUCAUCUUCACCUGCCGAAACACGCCUUAUAAGCACGGCACCGACCCUCACAUUCUCAAGUGGAAGCCCCCGGAAGAAAACACCAUCGACCUGCGGCUCAGGCUUACGUUCCCAACUGUUGAGCCCGACGAAUAUGAGCGCAAAGAGGGCAUCACCGAACCUUUUGUCGAUUACGACAGCGUGCCGAAGGCGGAACUCUAUGUCUACAAAGGUGACGGCCCAGAAAAGUACGAGCGCUUCGACGACCUCUACAUCACCGAAGAGGAAUGGGAAGUCCUCAAAGGGCUGAACGAUCCUCUGAAUGACCGCAUAGUGGAAUGCAAUCAAGACGACCAGAGGAGAUGGCGGCUUCUCCGCUUCAGAGAUGACAAACACGAGGCAAACCACAAAAGCACAGUCGUUAGCGUCCUGGAAAGCAUCAAGGACCGCGUUUCUGUCAAGGACCUCUAUGAUGCCGCUGGCCCUAUCCGAGAUAGCUGGAAGGCGAGGCAAGCACGGGAGAUGCGUGCGCAACGAUAG